UUUCCUUCUCUCUCAAGUCAAGUCAACAAAAUUGAAGAAAUUACUGAGAGAGAAGCUUCAUAAAUCCCUUCCAAAAGCCCUAAUUUUCAGAAAUCCAAUCUAAUCGAAGAAGAAGAAGAAGAAGAGGGAGGGAGGGAGGAUGAAGAUCACAGUAAUGACAGCCGACGAGCAAUUCAUCACCUUAGAUGUCGAUCGUGAUGAAUCGGUUGAGAAUGUAAAAGCGCUUCUCGAAGUGGAGACUCGUGUAUCCCUUCAGCAGCAGCAGUUGCUUUUCAAUGGGAAGGAGAUAAGGAACACUGAGCGUCUGAGUUCUCUUGGUGUUGGGGAAGGAGACUUGUUGAUGAUGAGUACGGUUUCACCCGCAACUCGUGCUCCUACGAAUGAUUUGAGCUUUAACCCAGAUGGCUCUGCUGUGAAUCCCGAGGCCUUCCAGCAGCAUCUUCGGCGUAAUGGAGAUAUGAUUGCACAACUACUUCAGAAUGAUCCUCCAUUAGCACAAGCUAUUCUUGGGGACAAUAUUGAGAACCUGCAGAACCUUUUAAGGGAGCGUCAUCAGCAAAAAAUGGAGUUACAACGACGACAAGAGGAAGAGCUUGCACUCAUGUAUGCAGAUCCUUUUGAUGUUGAAUCACAGAGAAAAAUUGAAGCUGCUAUUCGGCAGAAAGGAAUUGAUGAGAACUGGGCUGCUGCACUAGAGCACAAUCCUGAAGCUUUUGCACGGGUGGUCAUGUUAUAUGUGGAUAUGGAAGUCAAUGGAGUACCUUUGAAGGCAUUCGUGGAUAGUGGAGCACAGUCUACAAUAAUAUCUAAAAGUUGCGCUGAGCGUUGUGGGUUAUUGAGACUCUUAGAUCAACGUUAUAAGGGGAUUGCUCAUGGAGUUGGUCAAACAGAGAUACUGGGGCGAAUCCAUGUUGCACCAAUUAAGAUUGGUAACGUAUUUUACCCUUGCUCCUUCAUGGUAUUGGAUUCUCCCAAUAUGGAGUUCCUUUUUGGGCUAGACAUGCUCCGGAAGCAUCAGUGCAUAAUAGAUUUGAAGGACAAUGUCUUAAGAGUAGGGGGAGGAGAGGUUUCAGUGCCAUUUUUGCAAGAGAAGGACAUUCCAUCACAUUUUCUUGAUGAAGAAAGAUACUCUAGAGGCGCAGGAUCAACACCAGGGUCAUCAGGAACAAAAGAGAAGAAAGAAAAUUUGCCUGCAGCAGCUGGCAGUUCUGGAACCACUCACGGUGGUCCAGCACAGGGACCGGACUUCGAAGCCAAAGUUGCAAAGCUUAUUGAGCUUGGGUUUGGACGGGAACAAGUGAUCCAAGCCCUUAAUUUCUUCAAUGGUAAUGAAGAGCAGGCUGCUGGUUUUUUGUUUGGAGGUUGAUGUUGUGCAACUUAUUGAACAUUCUGUGGUUAUUCAUUGUGGAAACCGGGCCUCCCAUGAUAAUUUCAACUGUCCAUUACACCAAUUCAACAGUCAGGUCCAAUAAGAACAGAACAGUUAUUUUUUUGA